CAUUUCUCUCUAUAUCUCCCAAAAAUCAGACAUCUAAUCUACAUCAAAAAAUACUCUUUUGUUUGAUCAUGAUGGUUGGGUGGUUAAUUGUUUCUAUUUCUUAUUAUUUUGGGUCAGUAGCGGCAAACGUGAUGAGAAACAAGGAAAGGAGGAGGAUGAGGAUUAUAUUAAAUCAUCCCCGGCUCUCUGAGUCGCUGCUAAAUCCUCUCCGGCUCUCUGAUUUGUACUUGUUUAUAUACAAGUGAUCCCCCUCAUUAUUGCAAAACAAAAGAAAACAAACCUGAUUUAUGAAUCAGCGUUUGUGAGAGCGAAAUCACGACUGCUUCUGUCUCUCUCACCUCUCCUUAAGUUUUUGCGACCAACUCUCAACUUUUCUUCACAAUGCAGCCGAAUGCCAUAAAAUCCUCCUCCUUUUAUGUUCCAUCACCAUUACCCAAUACUUCACACUUGAGAAAGAGUCCGAUCCCCAGCAAUAAGAUAACAUGUGUUAGUCUUUCAACUUUUACUGCUGAAGUCUUCAAUACUAUGAAGAGCAAGGAGUUCCACAUUGAGUUAUUCAAGUCAGCUGCCUCUGUUAUUGGCCAGGUUUUCAACUCUAUGUCAACCUUGAGUUCUGUGCAUGAUCAGUACAAAGAAGGCGAUUUGGUGGAGCUACUAAGAAAUGGUGUUAGUACUCUAGCUUAUGUUGAGAAGGUUACCUUUUUUGAAACAACUUUUCGAACUCAUGUAACUGAGUUUAAGGUCCAGAAUACCAAGAUCGACACUACUACUAUAUCAAAUCUUACUCCUCGAUGUGGCUCGUCCAAGUAUUAUGCAAUUCAGGCGGAGUUUGAUACUGGUUCUCACAAUCCAAGGGAGCUUUUUGAUGACAUCGAGACUGCAAUCCAUAAAAAUGAUUACGUGAAAGAGCAUACGCACGAUAAUACGAUAGUGUUGCUGCCAAAGAAGAAGAUAUCUGUCUGCUGCUAUGUUCCAUUAACAAAGCUUGGAGUUUCACCAUUUAAAGCCUACCUCAAAGCUCGCCUUGAAGUAAUUUCAGAAAUUGAAGAUGUUAUAGACAGCGGCAGUCCCUUGUUUGGGUUUCUUCGAUUUUUUGCUCGUUCUAAGUGAAAGUCAAUCUGAAUAAUUGCACAUACUUUUGGUGAAUCACAUUGAACUGAUCUGACUAGGAUGUAGACUUGCCAGAAUCUAUAAGAGAUUCUGUUUUGUUGUUAGUUUUAAUGCAACGUUUUGUAUAUGUAAUGACAGUAAUGUUGCUAAACUUUUGUCAUGUCGUGUCUACUAUUGCUCAUUGUUAUGAGCUGCCUUUUAGUGUCGUCUAGCUAUAUAUAGCUAAUUGUCUAGUCCUGUAUGUUCUAUUUUUUCAAUUAAUGUAGUUUCUCGAGUUGGUUUGAAUAAUAAUACUCUAGACACUUGUACAAGUUC